AUGGAAUCCGUCCAAGUAACAAUUUUUAGUUGGGGAGUAACAGAAGGUAUAACAACAACAACAACAACAACAGCAACAACUGCAACAACAACAACUACAAUAGCAGCAAUACCUGCAACAACAACAAUAAUUACAUCAAAUAAUCAACCAGAAAUAGGACGAAAUACGGUUGUUGAAGCGACAUAUUCAUGGCAUCCAAAAAGUAUUCUGUUAGCACAAAAUAUUUGUAUGUUAGAUGGUGAUCGAGCAAUUAUGAUUCGAAAUAAGGACUUAAAAAAUGCAAUAAUGGUAUCAAUUCGUAUUUUGGAUAACGAAACAUUUGCAUUACGAUUACCUCAUGCUGAAUCAUUUAUUUGGAAAAAAUCAGAGAAUUUAAAUGAUGUAAUUUUACCUAUAUAUUCAGGUCGUAAUUUAUCAACAUUAAUGCACGAUCGAAAUCUUCCAAUACAUUUGGCAAAUAUAAAUCGAACAUCGGAACGCGUCGUAUUUGGUGUCAUAUCAGUGAUACCAAAUGUAACUGAUAUUAUGGAAGCAUUACGUUAUUGGGCUGAAACCGGUGAUGAAAAACAAUUCCGGCUAAUACUUUAUUAUCAUCCAGAAUUGAAAAAUGCUACUACUAUUGAUGGACAAACAGUUUUGAUGUUAGCUGUUGACUUAGGCCUUUGGUCAGCUGUAGUUCUAUUACUUUGUAUUGGUGCCGAAAAAAAUAUUACUGAUGCGGAAGGUAAUAGUCUAUAUCAUAUAGCUGCCAAAAAAGGUCAUAAACAAAUUAUCGAAGGUUUAAUGUUAUUUUUCCCUGAUGAAAUCAACUGGCAAAAUUUCAAAGGUGAAACUGCUCUGCACUGUUCCGUUUUGAAUGGUCAUUUAUCUUGCAUUGAUCAACUUUUAAAUGCACCUACAAUUGAUCCAAAUAUACAGGAUAAUGAUGGGAAUACAUCACUUCAUAUAUUAUCAACAAUGGAAGAAAUGCCACCAACUCGUGAUGCAAUGCUUCAUCGUUUGUUAUCAAGUGUUAAGAUUAAUCAACUGAUAGUGAAUAAUGAUGGAUUAACUGCAUUACAACUUGCAAUUAUCGCUAAUCAACAUAGCAUUGUGGAAUCAAUGAUUCACAUGAGACCAUCACUUCUUUCAUCGGAUGGUUCAUAUUCAUUGUUACCAUUACAUCUUGCUGCUGCAUAUGGUCAUAUUAACGUAUUGGGAAUUAUUCUUAAAUUUUAUUUUGAGCAUUCUUCUGAUGCAAAGAAAACAACGAAAGCUAAUCGAACAGCAUUGCAUUUUGCAGUGGAACGUUGGGAUGGUAAAGCUGAUAAAGAUAUGCAACGCCUUUCUUGUAUUCAAUUACUCGUAUCUUCGGGUGUACCUUUAAAUAAACGUGAUUGUGACGGAAUGACGGCACUACAUUUAGCAGCCCAAGCAACUCAAGGAGAAGCUGCAAUAAGCAAUGAUAAAAUACAAAUUGUAUUACAAAUGAAAAAAUCAAAUAUGCGUUUGGAGGAACUUGCAUCGACAUUUCGUCCGCACUGGCCUGUUGCGGUAAUGUGUUUCCUAAUUGCGCAAGGAGCAGAUCCGCAAAUUCGUGAUCGUUCCGGAUCUGUUCCAUUUGAAUUAGUUACCGAACCAACUCUGAAAUCGUUGUUUGAACAAUAUGUUACUUGCAGACCAAGAUCAUGCAUUCCAAUGAGCCGUACGAUAGCACGAAGCUUUGAUACUACCGAGGUGACAAUGUGUACAUUUAACUGUGAUGACAAUAGAGCAGAUAUUGUUUUCAUUCCAUGCGGUCAUCGAGUAGUUUGUGCUACCUGUGCCGGUAACACUUUACUGAGACGUUAUGGAGAAAUGGUUGAAAUUGGUGGUAAUAUUAUACGAUAUAGAAAAUAUAGUGAUGCUGAAUUGGGCGAAAAUAUCAGAGUAGUAGAUAAAGUUGAAAUUGAAAAAAUUGCGCAAGAAGCUGUUGAACGUGCCAAGAAAGCAGCUGAAGAAGAGAAAAAUGAAAUAGUGCGUGAAUUGCGUGAUAAGUUGGAACAACUGGAGCUCGAAGUUACGUGUGCAAUAUGCAUGGAUCAACGUUGCAGCAUUGUAUUUCAAUGUGGACAUACAGCAUGCGUGGAAUGCAGCAAUCCAUCAAAAUUGAAACUGUGUCAUAUUUGUCGACAAAUUAUCAAACGACGUACGACAAUCUAUACGUAA